CCAGUCGUGAUCGACUCAACAGUCGAAGACAAACUUCCCAGAGGCUACAACAUUCGAUCACUACAAAGAGACGAUUACGACAGGGGAUACACGAAGCUGAAGUCAGUCGGACCAAUCACAAUACCUGCGUGGGACGAACGAUGCGAGUAUAUGCGCUCUAGAAACGACAUCUACACGAUUCUGGUCAUCACAGAUAACAUGGAUCAGAUUGUCGCAACUGGCACACUGAUCAUUGAGUUCAAAUUUGCCAGCAGUCUAAGUAAAGUCGGCCACAUCGAGGAUCUGGCAGUUGGAGAAGGCCAGAGCGGCAAGAAUCUCGGCUUGAGGCUGCUUGACCAACUGGACCGAUUGGCAUCGAACGCCGGCUGCGUGAGGACCGUCUUGGGCACGCAAGAGCAAAAUGAAGCUUUCCACAAGCAG